AUGCUAUGCAUUUUAUAGCUUAGGAAUAAUUUGAUUCUGAAUAUUUAAAACUGGAUUACCUGAAAAAAGAAUCGUUCAACACAAAUUAAAGAUAAAUAGUCCCUGGGAAAAAAACGUCUCGAACAUCCAAAGAUUUAAAACGACAAUCCCCUUAAGACUGUGAUGCAGAACUCUGGGUUUCAAAUCCCCCACCACUUUAUUGGAUCCGCAUGAGCCUCAAAAUGGAGGAAGAGGACACAAAACCAAUUGAAGAAAUAGAGGGUUACCACUUGUUGACGCCUGCGCUGUUGAAUAAGUUGCAGAAGCGGCGGAAUCAUCUUCGGCAGAAAAAGCAAGAAGGAAAUGUCGGGAACUCGGCGGCGAAACAGGCGGUUUUUAAAGGCCUUGAUCAGUCAUGGAUUCCAACUUCUGAGGAGAUUGUUGAACCAGAACAUAAACCUGAUCCCACCCUUACUGACGGGCAAGAACUGCCUCAGUAUUAUGGGCGUUUCAAGAAGAGUCUGUACAACAAACCAAUUUUAGAUAUCGACCCGUAUUACAAAGAACGUGGUGAAAGCACAUUUUGUGUGGUUACACAACGAUUUGGAACAGACCAUGUCUAUAGGUUCAGUGCGACCAGAGGAUUCUUUGUCUUCUCACCAUUUCAACCCCUGCGUCAACUUGCUAUUCGAAUUAUAUUACAUCCAUUAUUUGAUGCAAUUGUCAUGACAACCAUCCUCGUAAAUUGUGUAUUUCUUGGUUUAAAUGAAGAAAUUGCAGCAGCUGAAUAUCUUUUUACUGCACUAUACACAUUUGAGAUGGUGGUAAAGAUGGUUGGGCGUGGAUUCAUUUUGAAUCCGUUCACUUAUCUACGUGACCCGUGGAACUGGCUAGACUUUAUUGUUGUCAUUAUUGCGUAUGCUACAAUACUUGGGUCGGCAAGUAAUGUGUCGAGUCUCAGAACUUUCCGGGUGGUUCGUGCUUUCAAAUCAGUUUCCAUUGUUCCUGGUUUAAGAACGAUUGUAAACGCUCUCUUCCACUCCAUGAAGCCUCUCGCUGAAGUGAUGUUCAUCAUGUGUUUCCUCCUCAUUGUUGUCUCACUUAUUGCUCUCCAAGCUUACCAGGGAGUCCUGAGGAGGAGGUGUGUGAAGCAUCCUCCGUCUGGACUCUCUGAAGAGGCUUACUUCAACUACACGCAUGAUAAAGCAAACUGGAACGAUGUUGACGGGGAAAAAGUUGUGUGUGGAAACAGCACUGGAAGCGGAAUCUGUCCAGCAAGCUACAUAUGUUUAAGUGAUGUCUCUGAGAAUCCUAAUUAUGGUCAUACCAACUUUGAUCACAUGGGAUAUGCCUUGCUUACAUCAUUUCAACUUUUAACACUCGACUAUUGGGAGAAUGUUUAUAACAUGAUUAUUCGAGCGGAGGGUCCUUGGAAUAUUUUAUUCUUCUUUAUGUCGGUGUUUCUUGGUCCGUUCUACCUUCUAAACCUUCUUCUUGCUGUGGUAACGCUUGCUUACAGUAAAGAGCACGAGAAGCAGAAUCAGUUUGAAGAAAUGCGGGCGAGAGCAAAACUUAGAGCAAAAAGAAGAGCAAUCAGACGUCAAAAACUAAAAGAGAAAGCUGCAUCAGCGCUAAAGUCUUUGACAGCAAAGGAAAACGAGAGCGUUACACCUGUGCGUUCAUUUGGAGAUCUCGUCGCCAGGAUGAAACCAAUCUCGGAGCAGACCAUCUCGGAGCAAAGGGAAGAUGGAUCAGCUUCUGUUCUUGGGAGCAUGGCAUCCGGAGUGGACGGAUCACACUCCAACCUUACGCGAGGAUCAAAUGGAGCUCCAAAAUCUAAAAUGGAGGCUUUUCAAACUGGAAGAAAUGAGUUAUCUUUAGACAGCUCUGAAUCUUCCAAGCGAACCCAUUCAAUCUGGUACCGUCGAUAUAUGCGUGUUCGUGCAUGGUAUCUCAGAACUUUCUGCAGUUGGACUUGUUGCCCAGGAUUUUUGACUUUUCAAAAGCAUCUAAAAACUGUUAUUAACCACAAGUUGUUUGAGACAGUGAUCAUGUUAAGCAUCAUAAUCAACACAUUGUUUCUUGCUAUCGACCACCAUGGGAUCUCACCUGAACUUAACAAUGCUCUUAAUGUUGGGAAUCAUGUGUUUACCGGAAUUUUUACUGUGGAAGCAAUUAUAAAGAUAACAGCAUUAGGAGUGGCUGGUUAUGCAAAGGAACUGUGGAACUUGUUUGACUUCGUUAUUGUCUUCAUCAGCUUGAUUGAAGUUGGACUCAGUUUUUCAGGAGGAGGAGAAUCUUCUGCUCCGGACCUGACUGUGCUCAGGACUUUAAGAUUGUUGCGUGUGUUUCGUCUUGCAAGAAUGUGGGGCACAAUGCAUAAACUUGUCUCUAUUAUAUGGAAAAGUGUCAGUGCCGUGAGCUAUCUUACCAUCGUACUUUUCCUUAUUCUCUACAUUUUCGCUGUAAUAGGAAAGCAGUUGUACAGUAAGCAGUACAUGGCGAGUGCCAGCCGUUUUGAAGACAACAACAUCCCCCGUUGGAGUUUUAUUGACUUUUAUCAUUCCUUCCUUCUCGUGUGGCGAGUUAUGUGUGGGGAAUGGAUUGAACCUUUAUAUGAUUGCAUGUACAUCACCAACAAUGAUGGAUUGUGUAUUCCUCUUUUUCUCACAAUCACAUUUGUAGCAAACUUCAUGAUACUGAACUUAUUCACUGCUAUUUUACUGGAAGCAUUUAAUGUUGACAACCUUGCGAAGGGAAAACGAGAAAAGGAGAAUUCUGAAAAGUUAAAAAGAGGAAUUGAUGUUAUUCGAAGCAAAAUUAAAAAGAAAUCACAAAAUGUGAACCCAGAACAAAGUAUAACUGAUGAUCAGAACAAACAAGAUGAUACUGACUCAAAUAAAACAGAAUCUAGCAGCACAUCAAAACAGCUUCUUCCACCACAAAUGAACACUCGAAGAAGGGAAUCAUGCAGCGUUAACGAACUCUUUGAGCUUCCAGAAAGUUCCAAAAUCAUGACGCACAAGCGUAAAAAUGAAGAGAAAGUAAACAUUGUCCCGAAAGCAAAGCCAAGGCCAAAACUCGCAAAGCAAACCAGUAUAAGAAUUGAUCCCGAUAACUCUGAAGUCAUUGAACUUCCAAGGAUUGUUGAGGAACCUUCAGGGGAGCAAACGGAUGUUUCAAAUAAUGGAGCAGGGCAUGAAAUGUACCACAGCACAUCCAAUAGUGUGAAGAAGUUACAAUCGAAUGGAAUCAAACAUAAUCUUAGAAAUGUGAAAGAGAAAAAGAUAAAGGUUAGAUGCUUCUCCUCGUGUUGCUGCUCCUGCACAGAUGCAAGAGAAAAUGAAAAUAUUGCGGUCACUGUUGAGGAUGAUGCAGAAGAAGAAGAGGAAGAAGUUGUCAAUCCUCCAGGAUGCCUCCCAGAGUGGUUUUUAAAACGGUACCCGAGCUGGAAAGAAACACCAGACACUGUUCCAUAUAGAUUAUGGCGUAAUAUACGCAUGUGUUGUUACAUGUUGGUCAAACACAGAUUCUUUGAAUGGUUUAUUCUCUUCCUUAUUCUCUCCAGCACAGUUUGCUUGGCAAUGGAAGAUAUUCACUUAAACAGUGACCCUGUUAGAAAAUUAGUGUUGGAACGUCUCGAAUACGUAUUCACUGCGUUAUUUACUGUGGAAAUGGUUUUAAAAUGGCUUGGUAUUGGACCUGUCAAGUAUUUUACCAGUUUCUGGUGUGUCUUGGAUUGCGCAAUAGUUGCAUCAUCAUGGAUAGGAAUUGUACUCUCACAAGCCGCACAGUUCCGAUCUUUAAGAACCCUUCGUGCUUUAAGACCAUUGAGGGCCAUUUCUAGAUGGCAGGGAAUGAAGGUUGUAGUAAAUGCAUUGAUCUACUGCAUUCCAUCCAUUGGGAAUGUACUGUGUGUGUGUCUCCUCAUAUGGAUGGUGUUUGGAAUUAUGGGGGUGCAGUUUUUUAAAGGGCGAUUUUUCAAAUGUGUUGACGCUAAUGAAGAAAAAGUGACAGAUCUUCGUGUUGUAAAUUAUACAACUUGUAUCCAGCAUAAUUAUACAUGGAUUAAUCCGAAUGUUAAUUUUGAUCAUGUUGGAAAUGCAAUGAUUGCUUUAUUUCAAGUGGCAACAUUUGAAGGGUGGAUUGAGAUAAUGGCAGAUGCGAGUGACAUAAUGGGGCCACAAAUACAACCGCGUAGAGAGGCGUCAAAAUAUUAUCUCAUUUACUUCGUCAUAUUUGUUCUUGUGGGAUCAUUUUUUAUCUUGAACUUAAUAGUUGGAGUGAUUAUUGAAAGCUUUCAAAAACUUAGGAAACAGACUGACACAUCAUCAGCAGUUGAAGCAUUGCUCACGGACAAUCAGAAAAACUUUUACAAAACAAUGAGAACCAUGCUGAAUAGGAAACCUAAGAAAACAAUAUCUCCACCUAGGAAUCGAUGGCAACUUCGAAUAUUCAACCUUGUGACUCACAGCCGAUUUGAACUUGCUGUAUUUCUACUCAUUCUAAUGAACAUGAUAACUCUAAUGAUGGAGCAUUACAAGAUGUCCUAUGAAUGGACCGUGGCGCUAAAAUAUGCAGAUAUUUCUUUCACCGCACUUUUCUCAAUAGAAGCAGGCCUCAAACUGAUAGGAAUGAGAUAUCAUUAUUUCCGAGAUGCAUUCAAUGUGUUUGAUUUCAUUGUUAUCCUUGUAUCAAUUAUAGGAUUCAUAUUGGAGAAUCUGGUUGCUCUCAUUGUGUCUCCAACUCUUCUGAGGAUCGUUCGCGUCUUCCGAGUUUUUCGUGUUCUCCGAGUCGUGAGAGCAGCGAGAGGCAUUCGGAGAUUGAUCCUCACAUUGAUGAUCUCGAUUCCUGCACUUUUCAACAUCGCUGUUCUUCUUGGUGUCUUCAUUAUCAUCUUCGCCAUAUUAGGCAUGACCAUGUUUAUGAAUGUAAAACUAAACGGGGCGCUCAAUGACCAAGUUAACUUUCAAACCUUUGGCAACUCACUCAUGGUCUUGUUUCGACUGGUAACAUCAGCGGGGUGGAAUGACGUGAUGGAUCCUCUCAUGAAUACAAGGGAUUGUAUACCACUAACUGAUAACAACCCUGGAAACUGUGGGGAUCCUGUAGCAGCUGUUUUGUAUUUUGUCUUCUAUAUCUUUAUUAUAUUUUUGGUGAUAGUGAACAUGUACAUAGCCAUUAUUCUCGAGAAUUUUGAUGAGAUUUUCCAGCAAGAUGAGUGCGGGGUGUCACAGGGUGAUUUCGAGACGUUUUACAUGGUCUGGGGUCGUUACGAUCCAAGGGCAACUCAGUUUGUGACACUGACUGAGCUCUCCAACUUACUACAUGAUUUGCACCCCCCUUUCCAACUUCCAAAACCCAAUCUGGUCAAAAUCGGGGCCUUGGACCUACCUGUAUUAUACGGGGACAAAGUCCACUGUUUGGACGUUCUGUUCGCGCUGGUGAAGCGCAUUUUAGGAGAAGUAGAAAUAUCUGCAGAUAUGAAAAAGGAAGCUGAAGAGAGAUUGCUAAAAUCUUUUCCAAACCGAAGCACAUUAAAAGCUGAAACUACUACGCUUGUUCUCAGGCAGCAAAUACGUGCUGCUAAAAUAAUUCAGGACGCUUGGAAAUCCUUUGCUAAACUUCGAAAAGAGGCUGGGUCAUCUAACGGAACCAAGGAAUCCUCACCUACUGAUAAAUGGGACUGCAUGUUGAAGCUUNAACCCCGUCCUACUAGCACACCUGUUCUAAUCGGCGCUACCGACGAAUUCUUAACUCCUGAACCAAUAGUUGAGACAAAAGACGAUGCUGGUAACGUUGAAGACAAAAUGGAGAAAAUUACUGAAGAGAAAACAGACACCACCGAGGUAUUGGAUGUACCAUCGCCGUCCAAGUCGCCGCUGCUAACUGUCAAUAAUGCCAAUAACAACAGCAACACCACCAGCGCUGUACCCGCUCCCCAAGUCGUGCCAAACGUGUCUUCGUUCCCGAAUCGAACGAUAGAUAAGCCCAUCAAAAUAAUUGAGAACACACAUGCGUUCGUGUCACCCGACAAGUCGCCUAAUUUCUCGGCGUUUCAAUCGCGCCCGAAAACUGCAGCCGACGUCCGCGUGAGGGCGCUAGUGAACACUUCGCGGCCGAAAUCUGCCGAAAGAGUUCGGAUGACAGACUUGGCUACUGGCCCGAGAGCUAAACAGAGGGUACAGAACCCCCGCUUAGAACCACAGAAGCAGAACUUCUUAAAAGAAACGACUUCUUUUACGAGCGACGCGUCAAAUUUUCCCGCAAAGACCGAUAAAGAGUCUUGACCAUAGUUAACCUUUUUACCAAACGCCGUAAACAUUAUUGCUUUUUUUCCGCGGGAGCUGUGCUAUUUUAAAAUAAUUUGCACAUCUGUACUUAUAACAUAACCGAAGUGAACGUAAACCGUGCUUAUUUUACCAUCCCCGCACUUCUUAACGUUGUACAUCUCCUUGCGUCUUACGCUUAGUAUUUAUUUUGCUUGAUUCACAAUCCUGUUUAUGCGAGUGUAAUGUAAAUUGUGAGCAGAUACAAAA